AUGGCCAACACCCUUAAGGAUCGUAACAUGAAUGAACAUAGAUCCGUAGAAAAUGAUCCCGAAGUUAAAACUACCUCUAUAAACCUUGAAAGUACCAAAGAAACUUUACAGCCUCCUCCAAUAGUCGAUGGGGCCGAAGAGCCACAUUCCACUCUUUCUGUUUCUGCGGCUAAUGAGCCCUCGCAACCUUCGCCAACAGUCGACGAAGUGAUUGAACUAUUUUCUACUAAUUUUGUUUCUUCAACAAGCGGAUCGAUUCGACAAAGAAAUUACAAAGCGUCACCACUACAAUUAAAAAAAAGAGAAGAGUCACAAGAAGAGAGGCGGGUGCGAGCUCUGGAAGAACAGAAAAAGAGACGACGUGAUUUAACUUCUCAUGCAAGAAACCUUGCUCUCUUUAAACCGAGCGAAAUAUCGUCAGAUGAAGAAGAUUCAGAGAUAGAAGAUCUAGUGACUGAUCACAAAGUAGAUUCUAUCAAGCUUAGUCGACCUAUAAAACGUAAAUUAGAAUACGAACAAGAUGAAAACAUUGACCAUAUUUUUGUUUCAUCGAAAAAAGCGAGACAUAAAGGAAAAUUUAGGACCUCUAUUCGCAAACUCAAAAAAAAUCCAUACAGUAAUCAAAUUAUGCACGCUGAACGGAUGUUCGAGAUCCCUUCUGAUCUAGAGGAAAAUUGGUGUGUUGUGUUAUGUCCAAUUGGUAAACGUUGUAUCGUUAUAUCGUCCAAAGGUAAAACUGUCAGUCGGCUACGAAAUGGAUGCGAAAUGAAUAGGUUUGAAUCACCUUUACCUGCAGGCUCCAGUUCUUAUAAAGGCAAUAAAACAUCAGAUUAUUGUAUUCUGGACUGUAUUUACGAUCAAACAACAUUCACAUACUAUGUGUUAGACAUGAUGUGUUGGAAAGGACAUCCAAUUUAUGACUGUGAUACCGAAUUUAGAUUUUAUUGGCUAAAUACAAAACUCGCUGAAAUGGAUGCUCCUUGCCAGAACACGUCAACCUACACAUUUACCCCACUCACCGCUUAUACUUGUCACUAUGAACAACUUUCUUCAUUGAUUCCAUGCCCUGAUUCUUUUGGAUAUCGUCCUGAUGGACUGUUAUUCUUCAACAAAAAUACACAAUAUGUUCUUGGAGAUACUCCACUAUGUGGUUGGGUGGGGGUGGAAAAUAUUGAAGAAAUUUUCGGACCCUUUUUUCAACAAAAACAAGUGACUGUAGUGGAAGAAGACCACUCAGAUAAUUUGUGA